UUAUCUAGAAGUGUCACAGAAAUGCCUGAGUGUCGCCAAGUCUUUGGCGACCUGUUCCUGAUGCAACUGAAAACUGAAGAUUACAGACUCAAAUCAAACCCCGAAAUAAACUGAGGGGCUGCAUUUUACCAAAGAGGACUUUAGGGGUCAGUCAGCGGAGAGAACUGCGAAGUGAAUUAGAUUCAUUCAUGGCUGUUUUUUAAUAUAGGUACACCAGAAGCAGGGGCAGCCAGCCGGGCGAUCUGAGUGUUUCCUGGCUUUGAUGCGACCCGAGGGCGCCUGGAGCAUGUCCACAGUGGGCCUGACUGCCCAGGAGAUCUCUUUUCCCAUAGAAAACCCCUUUCUCCGGGGCAGCUACUGUCACAGCAUGGCUGGAUCUAAACCCUCCUGGAGGAAUCGCCAUGUACUGGACAACAGCUUCUACUUCAGUAUGGACACGGCAAACAUAGAUCCCAGCUAUCGUGCCCAGCAAAAGGGGCCACUUCCAAGUUAUGAGAGACAUAAACACAGUCCCAACUCACAGAGAAACUCAAAGAAAUCCCGGCCUUCCCAACUCUUCCUGUCCUCCAGCAAUGAACCUUCCACCCCAAGUCCUGCUGAUGAUGACCAGGUGGUCCCCUCGUUCCAGAGGCUGUCAUUUAACGAGUUGAACAGCCCACCACAGACACCUAACAGAUGCUCUAAGCCUCUGCCCCCUAUUCCCCCACAGACAGAUAUCUCCCAUGAGCAGGCUAUGGACAGUGAGGUAGAAUUUUUCACAAGUUCAGACGACAGCUGCCGCCUGGUGUCUGAUCAAUUUUCUAAAUCAGCUUUUAGAAAUCAUGUGGCCUGUGGGCAGACUAACCCCGCUUACUACGAUGGGCCAUUAGGACCACAAAGCCAGCAGCAGCCCCAACAGCACCAUCAGGCAAAUCCUCCGCAGGAAGUACGGGAACAGUAUGAGCAGCAGCCACAGGAAAGACCCGCUCAGAGGAGACUACGACGCUCUCUCUCUGGACCAGCUGGAUCUUUACACAAGCUGCCACGACCCACAUGCCCCAAAAGGCACCCAGAGGUUCCCCCUCCUAUACCUCCACGUAACGUCAAGACAGAUUGCAGGCGCUGGUCAGCAGAAGUCUCAUCUGGGGCUUACAGCGAUGAGGACAAACCACCCAAACUGCCUCCAAGAGGCCAUUUGUCGCACUCCCGCACUCCCAGCCCUAAGAGCCUCCCAACAUACACUAACGGGGUGAUGCCCCCAACCCAAAGCUUUGCACCAGAUCCUAAGUAUGUAAGCGGUCGGAGUUUACAGAGACAGAACAGUGAGGGCUCCCCAUGUAUCCUUCCUAUUAUGGAGAAUGGCAAGAAGGCCAGCACCACACAUUACUACCUUCUGCCUCAGCGGUCUCCUUUUGCAGACUCGCCUUGUGACUGCCACACCAGAAAGAAAGCACAGGUGGAUUUUGUUUGAAAAGUUUUUGUGGAAGUAAUAGAAGACUAUACUGUACAUGCGCAAAACCCACUUGACAAAAUGGUGAAAUUGGACACCAACAACCUUUUUAAACUGCUGCUUUUACCUUUUUUCUUUUUUCUUUUUGUAAUACCCCUUAUGUAUUUUGAACACACAGGGUAUUUGCGCACUGUGUACAGUUACUGGUAAUAUUGAAAAGAUAUUUUCUGUGAAAACCAUGUCUAACUAAAGAUUGUGGGCAAAGUUCAACAGUCUAUAGCUUUUUUUUUUUUUUUUAAUAUAUUUUAAUUUUAUGACAUUCAAUAUUUUGCUCUGUUUUAGUAAAGAUGUGGUACAGUCAGAAAGUACAAGCGGGCCUUGUACCUUGUGUGCUCAGUGUUUUGUGUCUGAUGUGGUGUGGAUGUUUUGUGAGAUGCACUGGGGCUUUUUGAUGGUGCUUUUGUAUCUUACAAGGGACAAAAAGGUCAGUAAUGUAACCAUGUAUCACUUAAUAUAUGAAGUCUAAAUACAAGCCCGAUGAAUUUAUAACAAAAUGAAGGAUUCUAGCACGUGCCGAUUCUGUUUGCUAUUAUAUCAAUACUGAUAUGGGUUUCACGCCUUGAUGUAAUGUCAGUCUUACUCAGGCUGACUACUUCAAAGUAAAUUUGUGUUGUGUUUUGUUUUGUUGUUUGUUUGUUUUUUCACCCCAUAUGGCACAUUGUCAUGGUACAUUUUGUACUAGUAGGUGUGUUCAUUACUAGUAGCUAACCAUAUUUCUUUUGGAUUGUCCAGUGCAGCUGAGUAUGGUGUAGCGUCAUGAGUGUAUUUGUGUGUGUAUGUGCAGUGGACGUGUUUGCGCAUAUGUGCAUGUGAACAGCAGUUGGGAAAAGUGUUUAAUUAGUAAAGAAUUGUCAACAAUGCUUGUUACUGUGCAACACUUGUUAGCAGUGCCCGCUUUUUAGUAGAGCCUUCUAAGAAGUGCACACAUUUGAUUUAUUUCUGUCAGUCUCCAGAUCUGUUUUAUUGCACAGGAAUUGGUCUGUUGACUGUCAGCGAAUGUGUGCUGUUCUUCCAAUUGAAGCUACUUCUUUUUCUUCUUUUUCUUUUCUGGUCAAGCUGUGAGUCAUUGCUUGAAAUAAAUUUGCCUCAAGUACUACCUCACUUUGAUAUUAUCCUUAUACCUUUACAAACUCCCUGCUUUAAAUUGUGUUCAAGGGUGAAAUUUGAAAUUGUAAUCCAUGAGCGAUGAGGUAACGGCUCCAUAUGUGACCUAACACUUGUAGGAAAAGACAAUGAAUUUAAACGCAAAGUCUGUUCUAACCGGAUAUCCUAAUAUGGAGAUUUUAGAUGAAAUAGAUUUUAGAUGAGAGAUGUUUGGCUAAUCUGUUAAUACAAAUGCAUUACAAAGACAGUACAGGGUUUACCUACCUGACACAGACUUUCCUGUUCUGCACAUGCAUUCCUGCCUUACAUGAUUGCAGUGGGUGUGGCCUGAAAGACUUUGGCUGCUGGCAGCCUACAAAAUGUAUGAUUAUUUUUUUUUUUUUUUAAUUGUUGUACAUUAUCCACAAGGCGUCAGGAUGAUAUAGAAAAUGUAGCACAUGUAUUGAAGUAACCCUUGGUAUCAAACACGGUGUCCAGUUUGGGAAACAAAUAACUGCUAAGGUCAAUCGGUCAUUGAAGUAUCUUUUUUUUUCUCUUCCUUCUGUUCACAGAUCUUACCAACACAAUGUUGCUUUUGACUUAAAUGUUUGGAAAAAUGUUUACAUCAUACACAAAAAACAAACUAUUUAAUCUUAAGGUAUUCAUAUGUCUUAUUAGAAAUGUUAAAACAGAAUGAAGACUAGUUUAUCAAGAGAUAACACUCUGCUGUGGCGAAGACAUGCACUGGGAGAGUUCAGUAUGCUGUGUACAGUAUUUAACAACUCCAUUUGUUAUUAUGAAUAGUUGAUAAGUAUAUAGUCUUUAAAAAGAAAGCAAUAAUAAAGUGACUUAUUUAUAAG